GCCAAAUGCCAGAGGAAUGUGCAGAGGAGGCUGCAACACAGGGUCAAAGUCCAUCCGGUACUCCUGCUUUAACCAGCGCACAGUGAGGGGGAGUCGACUCCACGGCGCCACCCGCAGCAUGUUUGACACCACACGCCAGUGGAACUGCAAACUGGACUCUUUACGGCUGCGCCGGGCAACAUGGGACAGACGACGAGAGAUGUGCGGAUGCUGCCAAGCCCACUCAAACUAGCAGAGGAUGUAGAAGACACGUCUCCCAAUAGAUGUGCUGCCAGUUUUAAAGUUCUUGUAGUAUCCCCUCAGUUUGAAGGAAAGCCACUGUUGCAGAGACACAGGAUGGUGAAUAAUUGCCUGGCCGAGGAGCUGAAAGAGAUCCAUGCAUUCGAGCAGAAAACAUUGACACCAGAGCAGUGGGAGAAACAGAAAGCACAAUGACACAUACAGACACACACAAAACUCAUUCAUGCAGCCAUCAGAUAAAACAGUAGUGACCUUUUCUAUUUGUUGAUACUUCCAUUUUUCCCCUUAAAGUAUCAUACCAAUGUAAUAAAAAUCAUUUCAUUUGUAUUUAUGAAGUAAUUAUGCUUCAGUGUUUAGUCACUUACGCAAAACAUCUCUUGCAAAUGAUUGAAAUACAUUAUGUGCUAUAUGCGGGAUCUUUGAAAUGUAGUUUGCUGACAAUAAAGAACAUUUCUGAACAGAA